ACCCUUCUCAAGAAGUCCUGAAAAAAAUCUCUAGGCUCGCCCCGAGGCGUGGCCGGUACGUGCUGACGUCAAGGGCACGCCACACCUCAGAGACCUGGAAGGGCGGGGCCAGCGGGGGGAUCUGCUGCUGGAGGAGCAGCAGCCCGAGCCGGGGCCAUGGCGAAGCUGCUGAGCUGCGUCCUAGGCCCCCGGCUCUACAAAAUCUACCGGGAGAGGGACUCUGAAAGGGCCCCGUCCGGCGUCCCUGAAACUCCAACCUCAGUCACUAACCCCCCAUCCAGCUCCUGGGAUACUUAUUAUCAACCCCGUGCCCUGGAGAAACAUGCCGACAGCAUCCUGGCAUUGGCUUCAGUCUUCUGGUCCAUCUCUUAUUACUCCUCUCCCUUCGCCUUCUUCUACUUGUACAGGAAAGGUUACUUGAGUUUGUCCAAAGUGGUGCCAUUUUCUCAUUAUGCUGGGACAUUGCUGCUUCUCCUGGCAGGCGUGGCCUGCCUCCGAGGUAUUGGCCGCUGGACCAACCCCCAGUACCGGCAAUUUAUUACAAUCUUGGAAGCAACACAUCGGAACCAGUCUUUAGAAAACAAGAGGCAGCUCGCCAACUACAACUUUGACUUCAGGAACUGGCCAGUUGACUUCCACUGGGAGGAGCCCAGCAGCCGGAAGGAGUCCCGAGGGGGCUCUUCCUGCCAGGGUGUGGCCCUGCUUCGCCCAGAGCCCCUGCACCGGGGGACAGCAGACACCCUCCUGAACCGGGUUAAGAAGCUACCCUGUCAGGUCACCAGCUACCUGGUGGCACACACCCUGGGGCGCCGGAUGCUGUAUCCAGGCUCUGUGUACCUGCUUCAGAAGGCCCUCAUGCCUGUUCUGCUGCAGGGCCAGGCCCGACUGGUGGAAGAGUGUAAUGGGCGUCGGGCAAAGCUGCUGGCCUGUGAUGGCAACGAGAUUGAUACCAUGUUUGUGGACCGGCGGGGGACAGCUGAGCCCCAAGGACAGAAGCUGCUUUCAGUCCCAACUUGGCUCCCUCCCAGCCCUUCCUUCCUGCCUCCUUCCCAGGUGAUCUGCUGCGAGGGGAAUGCAGGGUUCUAUGAGGUGGGCUGCGUCUCCACACCCCUGGAAGCUGGAUAUUCAAUCCUGGGCUGGAAUCAUCCAGGCUUUGCUGGAAGCACGGGGGUGCCAUUCCCUCAGAAUGAGGCCAAUGCCAUGGAUGUGGUAGUCCAGUUUGCCAUCCAUCGCCUGGGCUUCCAGCCUCAGGACAUUGUCAUCUACGCUUGGUCCAUUGGCGGCUUCACUGCCACAUGGGCAGCCAUGUCUUACCCAGACAUCAGUGCUGUGAUCCUGGAUGCCUCCUUUGAUGACCUGGUUCCCCUGGCCUUGAAGGUCAUGCCGGACAGCUGGAGGGGCCUGGUGACCAGGACUGUGAGGCAGCAUCUCAAUCUAAACAAUGCAGAGCAGCUGUGCAGGUACCAGGGCCCUGUGCUGCUGGUCCGGAGAACCAAGGAUGAAAUCAUCACCACCACGGUUCCUGAGGACAUCAUGUCCAACCGAGGCAAUGACCUCCUGCUGAAGCUCCUGCAGCAUCGGUACCCCCGUGUGAUGGCAGAAGAGGGUCUCCGGGUGGUGAGGCAGUGGUUGGAGGCUUCCUCACAGCUGGAGGAAGCCUCAGUUUAUAGCCGAUGGGAGGUGGAGGAGGACUGGUGUCUGUCUGUUCUCCGCUCCUACCAGGCGGAACAUGGACCUGACUUCCCCUGGAGUGUGGGGGAGGACAUGAGUGCAGAUGGACGGCGGCAGCUGGCUUUGUUUCUGGCUCGGAAGCAUCUGCACAACUUCGAGGCCACACACUGCACUCCGCUUCCAGCCCAGAACUUCCAGAUGCCGUGGCACCUCUAGAGCCCACUCUGGGACUCAUUCUGAAAGAAUUUAAAGAGCGAAGACAUGAGGGAGACCCUCCUAUUUGUGGUUCUCUGUGUUCAUGUUACUGUUUAUAUUUUUUGGAAAAUGGAGGACCAUCCCUCUUCCCACCACUGUUCCUCUUGCACGUUUCCCAUCAUCCAUGUGGCAGUACCUAACCUUCUCCAACACAUACCUUGCAUUAAAUGGAUUAUUCCUAAUUAAUAAAAAGGUAUUUUUUCUACUAUC